CAAAAUGUAUAGAAAACGAAUUGUACUGAAUUUUCUUUUAAGGCUUUCAGAUCUGAAAUCGGAUUUCACACUAACUCUGGGUUCUCUUACCCAGCUUUGAACAACCCGGCCCGAUGUUUACCAGGCAAUCUGCUGCACUGAGAGGAAUCUUAAUUGUUUACGCAAAGCAAUAUAAGUCAUGUCACACAGCGACGACGUAAAGCUUCAAAUAUUGCGUUAUUUAACAUUUAUUGUCAUCGAUGCCAUUUCUUGUCAUCACAGCGAUGAAAACAAACAAAUGAGUGCUCUUAUUCUAAUAUAUCUAUUAAAAAGAAAAAAGAAAAAAACUUGACGAAUGUUUUACGUUUUCAUUAUCUCAUCAGAAGAUGGAGAGGACACAAAAUCGACUGAAUUUCCGGCCACAACCAAAGGUGCUGAGGAGACCACAAAAAAGAAACCAACAGGGCCGGAACCCACAGCUCCUCAGGAAACAACUGUGAGAAAUGAGCGUUCUACUACAACUAAACCCACAACUACCACUGUUGCUCCCACCUCGGAUUCAAAAACUCAAACCCCCGCAGGUCCUACGACAACGCAGUAUACUACCACAGCACAACCAACAACCACAGAAAAACCAACCACCACAGAACAACCAACCACCACAGAACAACCAGCAACAACAGACAAAGCAACAACUACAGCACAACCAUCAACAACAGACAAAGCAACAACUACUGCUCCACCAACCACAGCACAAACAACAACCACAUCGCAACCAACAACCACAGAACAACCAACAACCACAGAACAACCAACAACCACAGAACAACCAACAACCACAGAACAACCAACAACCACUGCCCCACCAACAACCACAGAACAACCAACAACCACUGCACCAACAGGCACAGCACAGCCAACAGCUCCAGAAAAUGCAACAACCGCCGCCCUAACAACCGCGGCAAAGCCAACAACCUCAGAAAAAGCAACAAACACUACUCUUACAACUGCAACUCAACAAACAACUUCAGAAAAAGCAAAAACCACUGCUUUAACAACCGCAGUUCAACCAACAACCGUAGAAAAGGCAACAGCUACUGUUCCAACAACCACAGCACAACCAAACACCACAGAAAAAGCACCAACCACUGCUCCAACAACAACAGCACAACCAAUAACAACAGAAAAAGCAUUAACUACUGCUCCAACAACUACAGCACAACCAACGACUUCUGCUUUACCAAACAACACUGUUCCUACAACCACAGCACAACCAACAACCACAGAAAAACCAACAGCUUCUGCUUUAUCGAAAACCACUACUCCGACAACCACAGCACAACCAUCCACCACAGAAAAACCAACGACUUCUGCUUUACCAACACCUACUUCUCCAGCAACCACAGAAAUUCCAUCAACUACUCCUCUAUCCAACACAGUACAACCAACAACCACAGUAACUGCAUCAUCUGCUGCCGCAAUAACAGCUACUGCCACACUGAUCACAGCAAAACCAACAGCUAGUGCUGCGCCAACAACUAUUGGGCCCUCGACUGCAGCACCGGUCACGUCCCCUGAUAGAAUUAGCUUAAAGUGCGGUACAGCCAUAGUAGGAGCAGGUGCAGGCGGCUUAUUGAUGGCAUAUUCACUUCUUGACAAAAAGAAAGAAACAGACGUCUGCGUGUUCGAGACGGAGGACCGCGGUGAAGAAAACAUUCAUGACUAUGUUUUUCCCCAAGUACCAGAUGUCGUAGUAGGUUUAGGGCAGUGGGAUGUUUCCGGUGAAAACUAUGCAGAGCAGGACCUUUUAAAUCAUUUAUUCAACGAUGUUUUUGUCCUGUGGGAACCAAAAACUAAACGCGUUGAAGCUCGUGGACAGUAUGCUGAUAGCUUUGAUGACUUGAAGUUAAAAGCAUUUCCAACGCUACGGGACCGUGCACCACUCAACAAUAAAACACUCAGGGAAACUGCUUUUUUAAUCUCUAAUAAUGAGAGGAAUUUCACUCAGUUCUCAACCGCAGAGACUUUCCUUUCUUACGAACUGUCCCCAGAGGGAGCCAAGCUUAUGUCAGAAAAUUUUGGCUUCAAGGGUGACUACAUGCAAGCCAUAAAUCCAAGGAGUUAUAGAAUUCAUCUUGGGAAAGAAUACCAUGUUAACGAUGGCAGUGCUUUAGCAGAUACGAGAAGGCCUCCUAAUUCCAAAGGAAUGUCUGAAAUCGUCACAGAGCUCACUAAGAAAGUGGAAAGUGGAGGCGGUAAAAUUUAUCGUAAAGAGACAAUUGCUUCGAUCAACAAAGAAGGAGAUAAAUUUCUUCUUCAAACUACCAAAUCAACUGUGGAAGCCAACAAGACAGUUAUCACCGUGGGACCAGCUGCUCUGAAGAAGAUCAGCGGUGACGUCAUUCGAAAUAUUACAGAUCAUCAGAUAUUUAAAUCAAUUGUUGGUGUGCCUGCAUUCUAUGGGGCAGCGGUAUAUGACAAAGCAUGGUGGAAUGAUACAACUGCCACUCAAAAGAACAAUAACCUCCAGCCUUUGGACAAGUUCAUAUCCAGCAGUAACUGCCUGGGAAUUACCAUGCCUUAUAAAGGUGUUGGAAACAGCGGAAGAGUUGUGCUGCAUACGAUAGCUAAUAACGGUGGAUGCAGCGAUAAGUGGGGGAAACUUUUGGAGAUUUCUAAAUCUAAUAAUGUCAUUGACAAAGAACUGAAGCGUGCUCUGAAGGACAAGUUUCAACGAAAUGAUAUUCCAAAUCCUGUGGAGACUAUCUACAAAUAUUGGAAGGAAGGGUUUUGGUAUUUUCAGAAGCCUGGGGCCAACUUUAAUACAACGACCAUUCGGCAAUGGGCGAGAAGACCGCUGACCGGACAUGAUGUGUUCUUGGUAAACAGAGCAUAUUACGAUUUUGGUGGAUACCUGGAAUACACAAUACGAUCUGCUUUUGAAGCCGUUCAAGAGGGUUGGAAUUCUGAGCUUCCGAUUCAGAUAUAAUGAUCCGUAAAAGUGCGUGCGGAAUUGAAGCACUUUCUUGUUGAUAUUGAUGGUAUGAGAGGAAAAUUAUGGUUUUGAUUCCUAGAUGGGAAAGUGUUAAUGGUUUGUGUGUCUAAAGUUGUAACUGUUAAAAUUGCGCUAGUUUUUCUCCAGGACCGUUAAAUUCAAGACAUUACGACACCAAGUAAGUAAAAAAGGAAAAGGUGAAUUAAUUAAGUACCAUAAUCAGAGAAUAUUACGUCAAUAGGUUUGCUUAAAAAUAUCCAAUGUUUUCCCAAAACAUACUUUGUUAUUCAAAUAAUUAAAGAAUUGGUUCCUGCGAGUUAUGGAUGCACGCCGAAAGUUUGAAGACAAGGAGAAAAGCAUAAGAAUUGCUCAAGGCAAACUAUGAAUAAAUGACAAGGCAAAAACGACCAAGAAAUAUUUCGAGACCAAAACUUUAUAAAAAUUGAAAUUUUUCUGCCUAGAAGCGAAAAACGAACGAAUUUCUUGUAUGUACGAGACUGCCUAGUAGAAUUAGCAUGCUCGAAUCGUUUUUUUCUUUUUUUUAAUGUAAUUUACGGACAGAAAAUUGUGUCGGUUUUCGUUGAAAAUUUUGAAUAUUCUGAAAUUGUACGGAUUUCUAAAUUAAAAAUCUUUUUUUGAAAAAUACUUUUAAGAUACGUCAACACUUAAAAAUAAUAUCAACCGUUCGAAAACGAGGCGAAAAACUUACAAAUUUCUUACAUUUGGUUUUGUUUUCUCAUGAUUUACAUCGCGUUUGAGAAUGGAGUAUCGUCAACUCCAAAACUACCAGAGCUAAACGUUCACUGUUUUCCAAAAAAGAGUAUAAUUAAGCAUAUUUUCUUUUCAUUAUGGGCUCCUGAAAAGGUCUCUUUCACUAGGGAUGGAACGGGAAAAAAUAUUGAAAGUUUUGAAAGCUUGUGGCUAAAGUUCACCGACAAUGACGUCAGCCUAAAUCAUCUCUAAGAACCAUCUAUUUCUUUUCCAUAAAAUAUUAGCCAAUCAGAGUGCGCGCUAUCAUAUAGUUAUGUUAGAGAUACAGAUAGCUUCAAAUAAGCAUUGUAAAUAUUGAUAACUGCUUAAUUCUUCUAGAUGUCAACUAUAUUAGCCUUGUUUUUUAAUGUCAAUAAUUAUAGUAAUAUUAUUUUUUCUCGAAUACUGUGUCCAGUGUUUGCAUGAAGGACUAUUAGUGUGACCUCCAUGCAUUUAUAAAAGAGAUGUAAAACUAUGUCGUUCGUUAGAGAAAUAAUAGAAACGUUUUGGAGGAUAACUAAUAGUUAAUAAAGUAUUCUUAUCCGUUA